CCGUGCGACGACCGUACUCGUCGUUCCGUCCCGGCAGCCACGUCGACGCUGGAUCUGUUGGAGUACGAGCACGCUGCAGGGUCCCCCUUCCGGCGGCGGCAACAUGACCGCUCGCAGUCCGGCGGGAUACCCCGCGGCACGGGGGAGGCACGGGUUCACCCAGGACGGUUUCGACACCGAAUUCGCCCAGCAUAGGCCUGCCGCGAAAGGACCGCUCGUGCCUCGACUCCGACACGCGCUGGGACGCAAGUGGAAGCGGAGAGGCGCCAAGUCCCGGCUUCUGGGGUGCUUCCCCAUAGCGUCCUGGUUGCGUCACUACGACAUCAGGCACGACCUGUUACCCGACGUGCUCACGGGCAUCACGUUGGCCAUCUUUCACGUGCCUCAGAGUUUCGGCUACUCCCUGCUGGCGGAGGUGUCGCCGAUCUACGGCCUAUACACGUCACUAUUUCCCAUGCUCAUGUACGCAGUCUUCGGCUCCUCCAGGCAUGCCUCCAUAGGUGCGUUCGCCGUAGUCUCCAUCAUGACGGGCAACCUCGUCGAAGAAAACAAGCAUGAGUACACAGCGGCUGAGGUUGCCACGACAUUAUCAUUUCUUGUGGGCCUUUAUCAGCUGCUGUUCGGCAUGCUUCGGCUGGGCAGCCUGAGCGUCUUCCUUUCGGAGCAGCUUGUCAGCGGCUUCACAGCCGGCGUGUCUGUGCACAUCGGCUCCAGCCAGCUACCAGGACUGUUUGGCAUCAACGUGCCCGUCUACUCUGGCCCAUUCCACCUCAUCAAGGGCUACAUCGAGUUCUUCCGCCGCAUAGCAGAGACUCAUCUGCCGACGCUAGCGCUCUCUGUAACGAGCUUUAUCAUCAUGCUUCUAAUCAAGAUCUUGGCCGACCCAUUGCUGCUCAAGAAGAUAGGCAUCCCUUUCCCCAUCGAAAUGGUUGUUGUCAUCUUCGGCACACUGCUAUCGCAUCACCUAAACCUGGAAGGUUACAACAUGAGCGUCAUCGAUCACAUCGAACAUGAAAUGCCACGGCCACACUCGCCGGUGUUCUCGGCGCAGCUACUGUCGAGGCUGGCGGCGCCCGCUCUCGCCGUGUCGGUGGUCAGCUAUGCCAUCACCAUCUCGUUGGGACGCAUCUUCGCGAGGAAGCACAAUUACGCCAUCGACCCUAACCAGGAGUUCAUCGCCUUGGGUGCGUGCAACCUGUUCGGCGCCUUCUUCGCCUGUUUUCCGGUAGGGGCGUCGGUGCCACGGAGUUCCAUACAAGAGGGCGCGGGGGGAAAGACGCAGGUCGUCAGCUUCGUCAACUCCGUCAUAAUCUUCAUCGUGAUCACCUGCCUCAGCCCCUAUUUCGAGAAACUUCCCGUGGCUAUUCUCUGCACAAUCAUAUUCGUCUCGCUCAAGAAGGUGUUUCUGCAAGUGAAAGACUUCCACCGCUUCUGGAGGAUAUCGAAGAUCGAUGGCAACAUUUGGAUGGUGUCGUUUUUGGCCACUAUAUUGGUGGAUGUACAGUUUGGACUCGUCAUCGGAAUCAUCUUCUCCCUAUUCACUCUAGUCUACCAGAUAAAAAGGCCAAAGGCAUGCCUCCUCGGCAGCAUCCCAAACACAGACUUCUACGUUCCAUUGAAGGACUACGGCGUUGCAGCUGAAAUUCCUGGCGUAAAAGUGUUUCACUUCGGUGGACCCAUUCAUUUCGCAAAUUCCGACUACUUCCGUUCCGAAGUGUCCAAGAAGCUCCGCAUUGAUGUCAAGUAA